UCGCUCCCGCUGCAGCUGCUGACCGGCGCGCUGAGCCCUGACAGCUGGGCCUCGGCCGCUCUCGUCUCGGCCGCGUCCCGGGCCGCCGCUAGUGACCAUUCGUCGCGCCGCCGGAGGCUUCACCCGCGCCCUCCCUCAGGACGCUCCCGCGGAGCUCGGGGGCCUUCGCCCCGGACCCGGAGGCCGCGCUGCGCGGGCCGGCGGCGAGGCCGGAAGAUGGCCUGGGUGCUCAAGAUGGACGAGGUGAUCGAGUCCGGGCUGGUGCACGACUUCGACUCCAGCCUGUCGGGCAUCGGGCAGGAGCUGGGCGCCGGCGCCUACAGCAUGAGUGAUGUGUUAGCCUUGCCCAUUUUCAAGCAAGAAGAUUCCAGCCUUUCCUUGGAUGGUGAGGCCAAGCACCCCCCCUUUCAGUAUGUGAUGUGUGCUGCAACUUCGCCAGCCGUGAAACUGCAUGACGAGACUCUCACUUACUUGAACCAAGGCCAAUCUUAUGAAAUUCGGAUGCUGGAUAAUCGCAAAAUGGGAGAUAUGCCUGAGAUCAGUGGAAAAUUAGUAAAGAGCAUCAUAAGGGUGGUGUUCCAUGACAGACGGCUACAGUAUACAGAGCAUCAGCAGCUUGAAGGCUGGAAGUGGAACCGCCCAGGAGACAGACUUCUCGAUUUAGAUAUUCCAAUGUCUGUGGGAAUAAUUGACACAAGGACAAAUCCAAGCCAGUUAAAUGCAGUUGAAUUUCUGUGGGACCCUGCAAAGCGCACAUCUGCCUUCAUUCAGGUACACUGCAUCAGCACAGAAUUCACCCCACGUAAGCAUGGAGGUGAAAAGGGAGUGCCUUUUAGGAUCCAGGUUGACACCUUUAAACAGAAUGAAAAUGGAGAAUACACAGAUCAUCUUCACUCAGCUAGCUGCCAAAUCAAAGUCUUUAAGCCUAAAGGUGCAGAUAGGAAACAAAAAACUGACCGAGAAAAGAUGGAAAAGAGAACAGCUCAUGAAAAAGAAAAAUAUCAGCCAUCUUACGACACCACCAUCCUCACAGAGAUGAGGCUUGAGCCUAUAAUUGAAGAUGCAGUUGAACAUGAGCAGAAAAAGUCCAGCAAGCGGACUUUGCCAGCAGACUACGGUGAUUCUCUGGCAAAGCGAGGCAGUUGUUCUCCGUGGCCCGACACCCCCACAGCCUAUGUGAAUAACAGCCCUUCCCCAGCGCCCACUUUCACCUCCUCACAGCAGAGCACGUGCAGUAUCCCAGACAGCAAUUCUUCAUCCCCAAAUCACCAGGGAGAUGGAGUUGCACAGUCAUCUGGGGAACAAAUUCAGCCUUCAGCUACAACCCAGGAAACACAGCAGUGGCUGCUUAAAAACAGGUUUUCUUCCUAUACAAGACUGUUCUCUAAUUUUUCAGGUGCCGACUUAUUAAAGCUGACAAAGGAGGAUUUAGUUCAGAUUUGUGGUGCAGCCGAUGGAAUUAGGCUCUAUAAUUCCCUGAAGUCAAGGUCGGUUAGGCCCCGAUUAACCAUCUAUGUCUGCCAGGAGCAGCCGAAUAGCACUGUGCUGCAAGGGCAGCCACAAGCUGCAGGCAGUGGAGGCGAGAAUGGCAGUGGGACACCCUGCGUUUAUCAUGCAAUCUACUUGGAAGAAAUGGUUGCCUCAGAAGUUGCUCGAAAACUUGCCUCGGUGUUUAAUAUUCCUUUUCACCAAAUUAACCAGGUUUACAGACAGGGCCCUACUGGUAUCCACAUUCUUGUUAGUGACCAGAUGGUUCAGAACUUUCAAGACGAGAGUUGUUUUUUAUUCUCCACAGUGAAAGGUACUUUCCAUGUGUGUGUGCCUUGGCAUGUUGUGAUCAUGAAGGGCGGUGUGCCCCAUAGCAGCUCUCUUGUGUGUGCAUAUUCUAUUUUUUGUUUAUUUUUGUUUAUUCCAGUCAGGGUUUCUCUGUGUAGCCCAGGCUGACCUGGAACUAGCUCUGAAGACCAGGCUGGCCUCCUGAGUAUUACAAUUACAGGCACCACUGCCUAGCUGUGCAUGAAUAUUCUUGAGAAAGAUGUUUUGAUGUUUUUGCUAAUUUUAAGAGAUUGGAACAUGGAUGAACAGUAUUUUUAGUGUCUCUAAUAGAAAUUAUUUAGCAAAUACAGAAAGAGUUAGGUUUUCUAGAUGACUGGCCAUUCUGCCAGUAUUGCUGAGCGAUGUAUCCAAGACUGUGUUAGUGCUUGGAUGAAACAAGGGUAGUGGGAAAAGUCAGAAUUGGUCACAGGCACAGAAACUGACCAGUAUUGGGUGUUGUGAAGAAAUAAAGUGUGGGGAAUAUGGGGGAGGGGAAGCAUUGAGCUGUUAACAGAAGGCUUUUCUGAGGUGAUUUGAGAAAUGAGCUGGCCACAGGACUAGCCCAACGACAGCACGGGACUGUGCAAAAGAAUGCACUUGGCAUUUGUGAGGGCUGGAAGGCAGCCAUGCAGCUGCCAUGUAGGGUGAGGGUGAGCAGAGCAGAGUGGGGUCAGGGAGAGAGGCAGCUCCUGGCAUGCAGUGAUGGCUGCUGACGUUGGUCACUGGAUCUUAUUUCAGAUGGGUUGGGAAGUCAGGGAAGUGGUUUAAACAAAGGAGUAAUGAGAUUGGGUUUUUCUUCUACAACUGUGGAGAUAACAAGAUAGCAAAACUGGAGUAGGCAGUCGAUCUAGGCAAGAGGUGAUGGGAGUGUCUGGACAUGUGGACAGGGCCCAUUUGGCUCCCUGUUUGAUGGGGAGUAGUUGUGACUGCCAGGGCAGGUGGCUGCCUCAUCAAAGAGGUAAGUAAGGCUGAUGCAGAACAACUUCAUGUCAAGCAGGCAGCUAAUUGUACCAUUCUGAGGUUCCUUAGGCUUGAGGUACUAAUUUAGAAAUUUUCAUGUCAGUAGUGACUAAGAGCUGGGCAGGCUGUACAAGAGCUAAUUAGGGCGUAGUGUGGGAAGAGACCAGGCCAGGUCAAGUGAGCUCAAAACUACAAAGUUAGAGAGGGAAGGGCUUCAUGAAGGCAGAACAUGGGUUAAAAUCAGCUAUACUAGUCUCAGCAUAGGACCCCCACCCAGAAGAGGACAAGGUCUCAAGUCCCCCUCUCCUGAUAGUCACUCUGCAAAGAAGCAGCCCCAAAGGGUUGAAAUUACAAAAUGUUGUUCAUAUGCCACUGGCUAUCGAGCUACCUCAAGAUUCAAGACAGCAGUGAACUGGCUCACUUCUUAGUCAUAUGCAGAAACACCUUUAAUUUCAAAACCAUAUAACUUUUACCUUGCAAAAUUCCAGAAACCCAUGCUUAAUCAUGUACUUGUAUCUUGUGAAACUAGUGGUUGUUUGCAGCAUUAGUCCUCACGGACUUCUCCGGUCUUAGUUUACCAUUUGUGAGACUUGGAACCCAUGAAAGCCUUCUUUCUGUUUUUAUGAAUGCCUCCACUGCCUCUCACAAUUUCCUGAGGCCAUUAGGCAAAGAGUUGUUAUGUAUCUGCCUCUGCGGGUUCAGCUUUCCAGGAGAGAAAGAUGGAUGCCUACAGCAGAACCUUCAGGCUGCCUGCACAUUUUGUGCAGGGCUUUUUCAGCUUUACCCUGAAAAAGCACAUAGUGCUUUGGUCUAUUUUACUUCUAGCAUACAAGGGUUCCUGCUGCUGUUCUUACAAGCCCUUCCCUGUAGGGCCAGCAAGAGGUGCAGGGGCUGGAGUCCCCGAGCAGUGUUCCAGGGAAUGGGUAUAGAGUUGUCGAAGGGAAGCAGAACUAGAACAAAGCAAUUAACUUUUUAUCAAGCUGUAACCUCUGAAGCAGAUUGUACGUUUCCAUCUUUAAUAAUGUUUCUUUUCUAAGUUUAGGGUUUUUUUUUAACUUUUCCCCUUUUUUCUUGGCAGCUGAAAAUAAUGAUGGUAUUCACAUAAUUUUGAAGUGAUACCUUAUACAGACUGAACUCUAUUCAGUACCAAAUAAAGUCAUGCUUAAAGUGUGUGAAGACUGAAUCCAAGAAGUCUUGGGAUUGGAUUUUACUGUGAAAUGUUUCAUAUUGAAAACACAAGAUGACCUUCCUAAUGAGCUGUAGGAGAGACAAGUCUCCUCAUUGUCACUGCCACAGCCCAGCCCCUCAUGAGAGUGAGCACAUCAGUCGACGUGCAACCAGCUCCCGGCCCAUGGUGUGGGCACCGGGGCCAGUGGACAGAGUUCCCAGAAGCAGUCUCUGCUGGCUUUGACACUGUAUGCGGUUUGAAAAUGAAUGUAAAAACUCAACCGUGGGCAUUUACCUUUCUAUGCCAGUUUGGCUUCUGUUGCCUGACCCUUAUGCUGACCUGGGGAGGAG